AUGGACUUAGCUAAAGGAGACCGAGAGAUAGAGGAAAGAAAGCAAGUAGAACAAAGUAGCGAUGGCAGUCGGGGAGAGGAGCAAAUCGGUGAAGAACGAAGUUCUGAAGAAGAACGAGUGAUCUGUGAGGAGUUUAAUACCUGGCGCAAGAACGUGCCUUAUUUAUACGAUAUGUUAUUGUCCCACGGUUUAACUUGGCCUUCAUUAACAGUGCAAUGGUUCCCAGAAGCCAUUAGAAAUGAGGAGAAUGAAACGACUACGCAACGGGUGCUUUUAUCAACUCAUACUUCAAGUCAGGCCGAUGAGCAUUUAGUUAUUGCUUCUUUGACUUUACCGGAUACAGUGAGUGAUUCUAGUGUGCGCUCUUUAGAGGAUGGUGGAUAUGGCUUAGGUGAGUCUAAAGUAAGGAUAGUACAGAAGAUUCCUAUGCCGAGUGAAGUUAAUCGGGCUAGGUAUAUGCCUGGUAAUAGUAAUUUAAUUGCUGUACGGUUUGACUUGCCGGAGGUGCAUUUAUAUGAUUAUACUAAGCAUGGAUCUUUUCCACGGGAGUCUGAGCCUAAUAUGGUGCUGGCAGGCCAUACGGAAGGAGGAUUUGGGCUGGUGUGGCAUCCGGUGCGUGAGAAUACUUUGGUGACGGCGGGGUAUGAUGGCCGGGUCUGUACGUACCAGAUUGAUCAGUCAACUACGCCGGUGGCUCAAUUGCAAGAGAGUGGUGAGAUUAAUGACAUAUCUUUAUCGAUGGAUGGUGGUAUGGCUGCGUUGGCCUUAGAUAAGGACGGGGCGGUGAUUGUGGACUUAAGGGAUGGGUCUAAGAAGCGGUUGGGAACGGGGAAGACUUUGUGCGCGCAGUUUUCGUUGGAGAGUGAGCACUUAGUGGCGACGGGAUCUAGUGGUGGACGUUUGGGUGUUUGGGAUAUUAGGAAUGACAGUAUGCCUUUACAUGAUCUGGUGGGGCAUGCUGGGGAUGUCCUGCAAGUUGAAUGGUCGCCUCACUUUGAGGACGUUCUGGCUUCGUCCAGUGCGGAUCGCCGGGUUAACCUUUGGGACUUGAGCCGGGUAGGCCAGGAACAGUCGGCCGUGGAUGCGGAGGAUGGACCGCCGGAGUUAUUGUUUGUGCAUGGUGGGCAUACGGAUACGGUCUGUGACUUAUCUUGGAACCCACAUGAGCCCUGGGAAAUUGCUACGGUUGCUGAGGACAAUGUCCUGCAAGUUUGGCAAAUUGCUCGAGAAGUAGCUUCGGAUGAAGAAGAGGCCUAA